AUGUCCACAAAUGUUAUGGCAGUUACGGAACUUACGAUUUCAUCGCUCACAACCUCACUUGCUUGUCACAAUUCACAGUCAUUCCCAUAUCAUCCAUGCAACUCAUCGUUACAAACAUCAAAACGAGGGAUGAUACAUAAGAAAUUAUCGAUCAAAUCCAUUGCUUUCCGAGACAAGGUACCUUGUAAAACUGAUCCUAGGAGAAAAAGUUUGGAUCAAGUUAAAAGAACAUGUCAAGAGGCAUUGCUUAACUCAAAUGAUCCGCUGAGAACAUUGAAGAUGAUUGACACCAUUCAAGGGCUUGGAAUUGGGCACCAUGUUGAAGAAGAGAUCAACGUACAGCUUGGAAAGGUAUGGGAUUGGGACACCGCUCAAGAUCUCUUUGCUACAUCCAUUCAAUUCCGCUUGCUCAGGCAUAAUGGCUGGCCCACUUGUUCUGAUGUAUUCAAGAAAUUUUUGGAUAAGGGCGGAAAUUUCAAGGAAUCAUUGACAGGAGAUAUUUGGGGUAUGUUAAGUCUGUAUGAAGCAUCAUAUUUAGGAGCAAAAGGAGAAGAAGUAUUACAACAGGCCAUGGACUUCUCAAGGACUCACCUGCAUCAGUCACUCCCAUACCUUGGUCCUGAAGUAGGUAGACAAGUCGCCAAAGCCUUAACGCUUCCAAGAUACCUAAGAAUGCCUAGGUUAGAAGCCAAAAAUUACCUGGAAGAAUAUAGUCAAGCCAACAACCAAAUACCAGCUCUUCUAGAAUUGGCAAAAUUAGACUUUGACAUGGUUCAGUCAUUAUACCAAAGAGAACUAGCAGAGAUCUCCAGGUGGUGGAAAGAAUUGGAACUAGUUGAAAGACUUGGUUUCGCGAGAGAUAGACCAGCAGAGUGCUUCUUAUGGACAGUGGGGAUUUUUCCAGAACCACGUUUUUCAAACUGCCGCAUUGAACUUACAAAAGCCAUUUGCAUUUUGCUAGUUAUGGAUGAUAUCUUUGACACUUAUGGCUCAUUAGAUGAACUUGUUCUUUUUACCAAGGCAAUAAAAAGGUGGCAUCUUGAUGCAAUGGACGAGCUACCUGAAUAUAUGAAGAUAUGCUAUAUGGCAUUGUAUAAUACUACCCAUGAAAUUGCUUACAAAAUUCAGAAAGAGCACGGGCUAACAGUUGUUGCUUGCUUGAAAAGAACGUGGAUAGACAUAUUUGAAGCAUUUCUAGAAGAAGCCAAAUGGUUCAACAACGGACACAUACCUGCUUAUAGGGAAUAUUUGGAUAAUGGGGUGAUUACUGCAGGAUCAUACAUGGCCUUGGUGCAUGCAACUUUCCUUAUUGGUGAUGACCUCUCAAAGGAAACCAUUUCCAUGAUGAAGCCAUAUCCCAGGCUAUUCUCUUGCUCUGGGGAGAUUCUUCGCCUUUGGGAUGACUUAGGAACCUCAAAGGAGGAACAAGAAAGAGGGGAUAAUGCUUGUAGCAUUCAGUGUCUCAUGAGAGAGAAUGAUAUUUCAGAUGAAAAUGUUGCAAGGAGACAUAUAAGGCAGCUUAUAGGGAACUUGUGGUCAGAGUUAAACGGCCUUGCCAUGACCACAUCUUCUUUGCCUCCAUCAAUUGUGAAGGCUUCUCUUAACAUGGCUAGAACUGCUCAAGUUAUUUAUCAGCAUGGAGACGAUCAAAGCACUUUUACAGUUGAUGACUAUGUGCAAACAUUGCUCUUUACACCCGCUACUAGCUAUUGA